GCGCGGAGCCUCCCGAGGCGGGGGAGCGCCCUGCGGCGGGGCGUCAUGGACUGCAGGUCCCGGUGCCUCAGCAUAUUUGACUACAAGACGGAAAAGUUCGUGAUCGCCAAGAACAAGAAGGUGGGCCUGCUCUACCGGCUGCUGCAGCUCGGCGUCCUGGGCUACCUGCUGGGGUGGGUGUUCCUGGUGAAGAAAGGCUACCAGGCAGUGGACACGACCAUCCAGAGCUCGGUGAUCACCAAGGUCAAAGGCGUGGCCUUCACCAACACGUCAGAGCUGAAGGAGCAUCUCUGGGAUGUGGCCGAUUACGUCAUCCCCUCCCAGGGAGAAAAUGUUUUCUUUGUCGUCACCCACAUGAUCGUGACCCCACAUCAGCGGCAAACCACCUGUGCUGAGAGCCCCCACAUCCCUGGUGCCGGAUGCUCCCAGGACAGCGACUGCUCCAAAGGAGAAGCUGCCGAUACAGGAAACGGAGUGAUGACUGGCAAGUGUCUCCUGGGGGGCGGCAAUGGCAGUGGCACCUGUGAGAUUUUUGCCUGGUGCCCCGUGGAGAAGCCAACCAAGCCCACGAAGCCGCUUCUGGCAAAGGCUGAAGACUUUACCGUCUACAUAAAGAACAGCAUCUGCUUCCCCAAGUUCAACUUUUCCAAGACCAACGUGCUGCACACCGAAAACCCCAACUUCCUCAAGUUCUGCCGCUUUGGCUCCAAGACGCCUUAUUGCCCCAUCUUCCGGCUGGGCACCAUAGUCAGCUACACCGGCAACGACUUCCAGAAAAUGGCCAUGGAGGGUGGGGUGAUAGGGAUCGAGAUCGAGUGGAACUGCGACCUGGACCAGGCUCCCUCGGCCUGCAGGCCCCAUUACUCCUUCCGGCGUCUGGACAAGUUCACGGAGCCGUCCGCAACCGCAGGCUACAACUUCAGAUUCGCCAAGUACUACCACGAUGUCGACGGGGUGGAGUUCCGCACGCUGAUGAAGGUCUACGGGAUUCGCUUCGACGUGCUGGUGAGCGGCAAGGCCGGGAAGUUCAACAUCAUCCCCCUGAUGGUCAACGUGGGCACGGCCUUGGCCCUCAUGGGAGCAGGGGCUUUCUUCUGUGACUUUGUGCUCCUCCAUCUGAUCAAAAAAAGCCACUUCUACCGAGAUAAAAAAUACGAACAAAUAAGGAUGAGCUCACAAAAGUUCCUGUCCAGGCACCUGGUAAAUGGGGAGCAGGACUCGGGCCACACAGCUGGACAGGGACCACCAGGGCCAGCAACUCAUUCCUGAGAGUGACCGGAGCAGCAGCCCUGCCACAAGGAGCAUGGAAAUCAGCUCUCACCCGGAGCUGCCCGGCUUGGACCAGGACAGGGCACUCUGUGGGGCCGGCUGCCGCCAAAUCUUGUUCCUGCUCUCCAGAACCUCCCUGGGGGUGGGCCGGUCCGGCUUUCUGUGAGCCCCUGGGCUGCACGUGCUCCUCCCAGGGGUCGCUGCCCCGGAAACUCAUCAGGCCAUCAGACUGGCUUGGCGCCGCGCCACCUUCCUCCUCCCGCUUCCAAGCCAGGCCGAGGGAGCCCAAUGGCACGCUGGGGAGCAGGGACCCGGGGGGUGGAGAAGCCCUGCACAUGGGCCCCUGGGGGUCAGAACCAGGGGCCCCAGACCUGCCUGGCUGGCAGUCAGCCAAGCCUCCUGGGGGUGCUCUAACUGAAGUUUGCCAGAGAAGCAAUUUGGGGAAGUUAGAAGCUUCUCUGCUCAACCCAAGAGUUCAAUUCCCCGGGCUUCUGGGGCCAGCAUGCUGGAACUCCCUCGGGGCCUGGAAGCCAGGCUGGGGUAGGGGUGGGCGACUGAAGCCCCAGGCUGGGCAGGGAGGGGUCUCGCCCUCAGUGAGCAAGGUCUCCAAUGACAGGCAGCCCUUGUGUCAAUGGCUAAAGGACCCUCCUACCACCGAGAGGUGAGAAGCAAGAGAGGGCGCGCUGGAAGGCAUCUUGGAGGAGCACCCCUGGAGCUCGGGGAGCACGUACGCACACGCAGCCACGCCCCACCUCUGCCAACUGGGGACUCCACGCCAGCUUUUCUCAGCAUCACUAACUUUUGUACUGUUGCUGCUUAAUAAAGCGCCUCAUAACCCAUAA